AUGGUGGGCAGGGCAUUUGUGGAUCAUUACUACCACCUCUUCGACAAUGAAAGAGCUUCUCUCCCUUCUCUCUACCAGCCAACCUCCAUGCUGACCUUUGAAGGGCAGAAGAUUGUCGGGGUUGAUGACAUAUCUUCGAAGCUUAAUCAGUUGUCGUUUGAUCAAUGCCGGCAUGUUGUCAGUACUAUUGAUUCACAGCCCUCAGCCUUCACCGGCGGCGUUGUUGUCUUCGUCAGCGGCAGCCUCCAGUUGCCGGGAGAGGAGCACCAUCUGAGGUUUAGCCAGAUGUUCCACUUGAUUCCCACGCCACAAGGAAACUUCUUUGUGCAGAAUGACAUAUUUCGCCUUAAUUAUGGUUAA